CAAGGUGGCGGUGCGGCGGCGGUGAGGAGCGGCGGCGGUGAGGAGCGGCGGCGACUUUGCUUCGGAGCUGAGCCCGAGGUAGUAAGGAGCGUCCGGGUGCCGAGUUCUGGGGGAAGCGAGGAGAGAAGAGGCCGGGGUAUGGAUACUCACGUCUAGACAGGUUGGGAGCUGAGAUGACUGGUUCUAACGAGUUCAAGCUGAACCAGCCGCCCGAGGAUGGCAUCUCCUCAGUGAAGUUUAGUCCCAACACCUCCCAGUUUCUGCUGGUCUCUUCCUGGGACACAUCCGUGCGGCUCUAUGAUGUGCCGGCCAACUCCAUGCGGCUCAAGUACCAGCACACAGGCGCUGUCCUGGACUGCGCGUUCUACGAUCCAACCCAUGCUUGGAGUGGGGGAUUAGAUCAUCAACUGAAAAUGCAUGAUUUGAACACUGAUCAAGAAAAUCUUGUUGGAACUCAUGAUGCUCCUAUCAGAUGUGUUGAAUACUGUCCAGAAGUUAACGUGAUGGUUACUGGAAGUUGGGAUCAGACAGUUAAAUUGUGGGAUCCCAGAACUCCUUGUAAUGCCGGGACCUUUUCUCAGCCUGAAAAGGUGUAUACCCUCUCAGUGUCUGGGGACCGGCUGAUUGUGGGAACAGCGGGCCGCAGAGUGUUGGUGUGGGACUUAAGGAACAUGGGCUACGUGCAGCAGCGCAGGGAGUCCAGCCUGAAAUAUCAGACUCGCUGCAUACGAGCAUUUCCAAACAAGCAGGGUUAUGUAUUAAGUUCUAUUGAAGGCCGAGUUGCAGUUGAGUAUUUGGAUCCAAGCCCUGAGGUACAGAAGAAGAAGUAUGCCUUCAAAUGUCACAGACUAAAAGAAAAUAAUAUUGAGCAGAUUUACCCAGUCAACGCCAUUUCCUUUCACAAUAUUCACAAUACAUUUGCCACAGGUGGUUCUGAUGGAUUUGUAAAUAUUUGGGAUCCAUUUAACAAAAAGCGACUGUGUCAGUUCCAUCGAUAUCCCACCAGCAUCGCAUCUCUUGCCUUCAGUAAUGAUGGCACUACACUUGCAAUAGCAUCAUCAUAUAUGUAUGAGAUGGAUGACACUGAACAUCCUGAAGAUGGUAUCUUCAUUCGCCAAGUGACAGAUGCAGAAACAAAACCCAAGUCACCAUGUACUUGACAAGAUUUCAUUUACUUAAGUGCCAUGUUGAUGAUAAUAAAACAAUUUCUACUCCCCAGUGGUGGAUUUAUUACUAUUAACAAAGAAACCAGGGAAAAAUUAAUUUUAAUAUAAGAAUCUGAAAAUAAUGGAAAAGAGGUUUUUAUUUUAUUUUUUUUUUAAAUGGACGCUUUAAGUGCAUGAAAUGGUUUGAUGGUUUGCUGCAUUAAAGGUAUUUGGACAAACAAAAUUGGAGGGCAAUAACUACACUUUUAAGCAUCAAUUUUGACCUCGAUUUUUCUUUCCACUGUGGAAAUGUUUGUAAGUAAAUAUAGGAAAUAGAAAUCUCUCUGCAUUCUUUCUGGACCUUAAAUGAGAGAGGAAAAGGCUCUUGAGCCAUUUGUUUCUUUUGCUGGUUAUAGUUGCUAAUUCUAAAGCUGCUUCAGACUGCCUCACGAGGAGGUUAAUCUACAAUUAAACAAUAUUUCCUCUUGGCUGUCCAUUAUUUUCUGAAGCAGAUGGUUCAUCAUUUCCUGGGCUGUUAAACAAAGCGAGGUUAAGGUUAGACUCUUGGGAAUCAGCUAGUUUUCAAUCUUAUUAGGGUGCAGAAGGAAAACUAAUAAGAAAACCUCCUAACAUCAUUUUGUGACUGUAAACAAUUAUUUAUUAGCAAACAAUUGAUCCUAGAAGGGCAAAUUGUUUGAGUCAGUAAUGAGCUGAGAAAAGACAGAGCAUAUCUGUGUAUUUGGAAAAAUAAUUGUAACGUAAUUGCAGUACAUUUAGACAGGCAUCUAUUUGGACCUGUUUCUAUCUCUAAAUGAAUUUUUGGAAACAUUAAUGAGGUUUACUUAUUUCUCUGACGUUUAUAUAGUUCUAUGUCCAUUUCAGUUGCCCAGCCGUUGGUGAUUAAGGUUAAAAAGAAAAGAGUUACAGUGAGAAUCAGAUUCACUUCAUUGUAAGGCUCUAAAGCAGAACACAAACUUGGCCUAUUCUAGGUAGUUCCAAGUAGUAUUUUUGUUGUCAAACUUUAUGUUUAAUUUCUAUUAUUUGCAAAUAUGUGUUUCUGCAUAUAACUUUUUUGAAAAUUUGUUUUAUCCAUGAUGUGUAUUUAGAAAAUUUCUUUGAUACAGAGAAGGGCCUUAUUUUUAAAUAUUUCAGUGAAAACAGUGUAAGUCUGAACCCAUCUUUUGAAAUGUAUUUUCUUCAUUGCAGGUCCAUCUAAUCAUCUUGUGAAAGUCAUUUCUCUAUGGAAAGCUUUGUUUGCUUCCUACAAAUACAGGCUUAUCCCCUAAGGGAUGUUAUAAUCAUUGUAGACAUGUUACUGAGUAUGUGGAUUUCUCUGUUUUGUUUUAAAAAGAACUUGUUUGUGUACUCUUUACUAUUUUGCUUAGGAUGCUGAGUUUUUGUCUCCUUGUGUAGUAGUCUGACGAAUCCCCACCCUCUUUUAAAGCAGGCCCAGUGGCUGUUUGUGAGCAGUUUGAGUUCUUUUGAAAUGUAAUCUAAACCUGUUAUUUUUGUGCCAUCUAAUAAAUGAGAGAUUCAGAACUCUUA